GUUGACUCGCUCUCUGUCGUUGUUUCGUGUCGAGUUGUGGAGAAAAACAGCGGCAACACGGGGAUGCUGAGCGGAGGGGUUUUCUAAUCGCCCGUUGUGGUGUUCAAUGACAUGAGCAGAUUUGCUAAAACACCAAAUUAUGGCAGGGAACCUCAGCUGCUACGAGUUUCUAGAUACUCCUGCCGCCGCAUAGAAAAGCCGCAUUGUUAAGCAAAAUCUUUGCAACCGUGAGCAGCAAUAAUGCGAGGGGCGGACAGUAGCAGCAGGUCUGCCGUGAUUGUGUUCUGCCUGCUGGGAUGCGAUUUAUGGACGGCGGCCGCUAAAACACUGCAGGAGAACAGCGAUGCCAAAGAAGUGGCGCUGAAGGUUCACCUGAGUGAUGCUAGCACUCAUCAGCCUCUCGCUGGGGUCACCGUGGAGAUCUUCACUAACCACACCCCUGUUGCCUCGGAUAUCUCUGGUGCCGAUGGCAACGCCUUUAUCAGGUUCCCCUAUCGCCUUGGCGACCUUCUUGUAGUGACGGCAACCAAGCGUGGCUACGUACCCAACUCUAUUCCAUGGCGACCAAGCAGGCUUCCUGUCUUUUCAUCUCUCAGUCUGGAUCUGCUUCCUGAGAGGGCUGCUACGCUGAUGGUGUAUGAUGACGUGGUGCAGAUCGUCUCUGGAUAUCAAGGUUCAAAGCUGCAGCCAUGGGUGCAGUUCCAGAGAAGAGCGUUGAGUCUUCCUUCUAAUGCAACCUACACCAACCUGACCGCCUUCUUAACUGUGAGCAGUUCAACACAAGACACACAGUACUUCCCUUACCUGCAGGGACUUCAUCCCAACUACACAGGCAGUGAUCGGAAGUUCGAGUUGACUCCUGUAGCUGCUAUAAGUGUCCAUCUUUUGGGAAGCGAUGGGGCGGAGCUUCAUGUCAGUGAGCCAAUCAGUGUGAGCGUCCCUCUUCCCGCAAACAGUGGCUUGAAAGAGAAUGAUCACAUCCCCGCUUGGAGAUUUGACCCUAAACUGGGGGCCUGGUUGAAGAGCAGUCUGGGAUACAUCCAGAGAGAGGGGAAGCAGUUAACUCUUACAUAUAUUGCCCCUCAGCUUGGCUAUUGGGUCGCAGCCAUGUCUCCCAUAAACACAGGUCCAGUGGUGGCGAAGGACAUUAGCACUUAUCACACAGUCUUCCUGCUGGCCAUACUAGGAGGCAUGGCCCUGAUACUGCUCUUCCUGCUCUGUCUGCUGCUCUACUAUUGCAGGAGGAAGUGUGCCCGCUUACGCCCUGCCCACAGGAAGUUCACUCUAUCCUCAGCUUUAGAUGCCUCUAAACGAGACCAGGCUACUUCCAUGUCACACCUGAACCUCAUCAGUGAGACUCACCUAGACCACAAUGGGGCAGAGCCAGACAUGCACACACCUAUGCUUAAACCCACCCCCUACGACUCCUCCACCAAUGAGCUUGCAGCUUCGCACGGCGAGCUCCAUAGCCGAGGAUCUAGCCACUACAAACACUCAGUAGAGAGAUUUCCCCUCAAAUCGGUUUGUUCGAACAAUCCUUCCGAGGGUUAUGAUUCACCAGUGGGGCGUGGGGAGUACCGGCGGAGCUAUACUUCCAUCGUGACUUCAUCCAUCCAUCCCCUCCACAUGUCCAUCUCAUCCUCGUCCCCCCAUCCAUUGCAUCACACCACCUCUGCAGGACGACUCUCUUCGGAGAGUAAAUCAGGCUUGCGUGAUAACCGCAUAAUCUCUCCUGUUUCAGCCACAUCCACAAGUCCUGCCGGAUCCCCAGAGCGGGAGCAAGGAAUCGAGCGCCGGCCAGCCGACUACAUGCUGUCCCGCUCAGUAGACCAUCUGGAGCGUCCCGCCCCGCUUCACCGACCUGGAGCCCUGCUCUGCUGCACCUCCGAAUUGCAAGUCAACCAAGGGGAAGAGACCUACCGCAAGGCUCGUCCCACCCUCGUCAUCCCUGCCCACUACAUGCGACUUCCAGGGACACACCCUCUGUCGGGCCAAGCGCUUCUUUUGCAGUCGGAUGUACAGAGCGAAUUGGAAAGCAUUCAGGCGGAACUCAGUGCGUGCCAUCAGCCCCAAGGCCAAGUCCUGCAACCGUGGGGCAAAGGAGAGCAGGAAGGGGGGACGCAAGGGACGGGGGACAACCGAGGUGGAGGAGUUGAGGAGUGGACGUUGCAGACGGCCACUCUUCCCGCUGAUCUCUCCAUCCCCAACUCGCUCAGUCAAACAGGCCUGGAUGUGGUGCAGAUGAACGGAGAAGAUCAGCUUCUGGCCGAAAAGACUUUGAUGGAGCUCAGGGGGGGAAAGCCGCUCCCCCAUCCCAGAGCUUGGUUCGUGUCACUGGACGGCCACUCCAAUGCCCACAUCCGCCAUUCGUACAUCGACUUGCAGAGGGCAGGAUGCAACAGCAGUUGUGUCGGAAGCAACGACGCCAGUCUGGACUCUGGGGUUGAUAUGAGUGACAUCACACCGGGUCGGCGUUUUCGUGAAAAAGUCAGGGGUAAAACUGAAGUUGGGGCUCAGCCUGCAGUGCCUGUGGUCGGAUAUACACCGCUAGUGUUUGUAGAGGACUCAAAUGCUAAUGCGGAGAACAGCGGUAGCCCAAUGCCAGUCUGCAGCCCUGAAGAACACUCUCUAGGGGGUUUAUUACAGGAAACAGAGAGGGAAGAGGAAGACGAAGGGACUUUGUCUCCCCCGUUGCCUCCACCUGAGCUUCCUUCACCACCUCCUCUCUCUGAGCCUGUGGUUGAAAUGGCGGAGGAGACGGGGACAGAUAGUGAUGUUUUCAGGACUGAGGAGACUCAAAUGCACAUGAGCAGCAGCCGGCCAGAUAACCUGGUCAUCCCUGAUGAUGGUGGUGAAGAUGAGAACAAGAAGAGUCCGUGGCAGAAACGAGAGGAGCGACCACUACUGGCCUUUAACCUAAAAUGACACGCCUUUUAAAAGGAUAGUUCAUCAAAAAAAAUGAAAAUUCUGUCGUCGUUUACUCAUGUC